AUGCCUGCACAGGUAGAUAGCAAGCAUCUGCGACAGGUAGCUGCCCUUGAUAGCAUCCCAGGAUUUUGGACAUGCUACGGGUUACCCGGAAGUGGUAGCGUCUUAUAUCGAGUAACGGGUUUGGAGGAGAUCAUGGCAGACCUUGAAACGGCGACACAUCGAUCAAGACAAAAAUGGAUCCGCGGUCUCUUUCGUGGGAUUUGUAUGUCCUUCUAUUUUGGUGACGAGGCGAGGAACCCGACUGUUGCUUCUUUUCAUUAUUCCUGCCCAGCCCCACAUCCCUAUGUCGUACUGCAUACAUAG